AUGGACACCUUGCACAGGGCACUAGAUUUCUGCAUCCGCCACCAGACCAUUCUGGGUUACAGCAUUGUGUCCUUGCUGACAGCUGCUACUGAGUACAUCUUCUCAGCUGUGGUGUUCCAGUGUCCCUGCAAUUCUGGGAACAUGCUGUAUGGAUCUGUCUUCCUCAUAGUGCCUGCCUUCAUCCUCUUUCUGCUCGGCUACAUGGUGAACCCCAGGAUGUGGCGCCUGCUGACUGCCAUCUGCACUCUAGAGAAGAGCUGCAGCUGCUGCCCCAAGGGCACCUUGGGCAGCUGCCUCUGUGUGCUGCUGCAGGUGACAGCCAGAGCUGUGGUGGCCCCCCUCACCUGGCUUGCCGUGGCCCUGCUCAGAGCCAGCUUCUAUGAGUGCAUGGCCAGUGGAAGCAGCUGGAUAAGGAACCUCGUGUGUAAAGAUAAAGAAGAGUGUAACAAGCUGCUGGUCAAAAUGCCCUGUGAUGAGAAGUUAUCGGAGCAGAUAUCAGGUGAAUUCCUCAGCCUCCAGGCACAGUCCCAGCUUAUAGGAUGGUUCCUGAUUAUCGCCAUCAUGACUGCGGCACUGAUUGCAAGGUGUAUCAGCCGCUGCUGCUCCCCAGUUAGCUAUCUUCAGCUCAAGUUCUGGAAAAUUUACUCAAAAAAGGAAUGCGAGGUCUUUGAGGCCAAGGCUGAAGAGCAUGCGAGCAAGCUGUCAGAAAUAAAUGUGAACUGCUUUUUUGAAGCCACUGACCCAGCACCGUUUCAGACCCCCAGCAAUGAAGACUGGCGGAAGAUUUCAUUCUUGUAUGCUUUCAAUUUGCAAGAGCAGCAUUACAGCAUGCUACACAAGUAUGUUAACACGAACAGAGGCAACAGCACCAGACUUUGGAAGGGAAAUCAGAACCCCACUGUUUUAGGAUUUGUGGAUGAAGCAAUUGCAAGUGAAUCAGGGUUUUAA